AUGGCGCAUUUGAACGAGGAAAAGCUCCCUCGAUUCCCUGUCGAGGAUGAAGAGAUGCUGGAUGAACAUUUACGUGACAUUUUCUUGAAAAACUUCAACACAUCAAAUGAGCUACUAAGCCAUGUGACUGCUAUCGGUGUCACAAGUGAUAAUGAGCUCGCAAGGUCAAUGCGCACCGGUGAUCCUAGAAGGGAAAAUGUUGUAGCUUCAGUAAGCGAGCGAGUUGCGUUGGUAAAAGAAAUUGCGAAGGCAACAGUAAGCGAGCUGAGUAGGCUUGAUGUAGUAGAACGCGUAUUCAAACUUUCAAGGAAGGCAAAAUCACCAUUGCGAGCCAGCUGCAGGAGCACAUGA